UCCCUCAGCGGGUGUGACUUGCACGUCAUGCCAUGCGAUUGGUGCGCGGUUAUCACUUGCGCACCAGUGCAAGCAACUUCCAGGCCCUUCGCUUCGCGUACGCAACCUGCUCCGUCCGUUCGUUUUCAACCCAAAACCAGAAUCAUCAGCGAAAAAUGCUCUUUCGCCUAGCAAUAUUCCUGUCAUCCUCAACCGACGAACUUCUUUGCCGAGAUCAUGCGACUCCCUUCACCUAUUUCGCGAACUGCUGACGCAAACAUGACCUCCUCUCAACCAAUCAUCGUUUAGGAUGACACUGUCGGCGCUGCUUCCCCCUUCGGCCCGCCUCAGCCAUCCACUUCGCGCCCCGCCCACGUGGUAGCGCGGACGGGAGGGGUCACGCAUGGACUCACGGGGCUGAUCGGUGGGUGUCCGUUUGACACCGCAAGCGAGUGGCGCUCAAAAGGGAAGAUGCGCGCCACAUUACUGUCACUCAAUCAAUAGUCCAGUUCACUCCCAGUCCUCAAGCCCGAGCACAACCAUCACAUUUGCCAACAUAUAGCUCCCGCCGGAAUCGCAUUAGGUCUCAUCCUGAUCGCGUGAUCCUUUUUAGAGUCAAUUUAUAGCAUUCAACGACAGCACUCCGUCGACCGUCAUCUAGCUCGCUAUUUCACUAGAAGCCAGCUUGUUAUACGAUUACCUGAUUUGUCCGAACAUGGGCGCCUGCGCUUCUACGGGUGGUCGCAGCCGCACGGCGUCAGAAAGCCUAGCUUCGACUUGCCCUACCAACAGCAGCAAGAAACAUCGCAAGGCCGAUCGCGCACGAGGCAGGGCGAGCAACACGAAACCGAAUCCGACUAAUCGCCAAUCCGUGUUAGCCCUGCCAUCGUCGUCCAGACGGCUCGAGAGCAACUAUUUGAUAGGUCGCGAGAUUGGCCGCGGGUUGUACGGCGUGGUUCGCGUGGUGAUGCACCGCGAGACGCAUCAGCGGUUCGCGUGCAAGACGAUCGACAAGCGCCGCAUGUCGCAGGAGCAGCUCGCGCGCCUUCGCACAGAGUACGACAUCCUCAAGCGACUCUCGUCGCACCAAUCAGUAGCGGCGCUGGUAGACCAAUACGAGGACGCCACGUGUGUGCAUUUGAUUCUCGAGCUCUGCACGGGAGGGACGCUAUACGAUGUUCUCACGACGGCCUCUAUCGCGGACAAUGCGUCCGCCGUAGAUCGCUCCGAUAGCAGCGCCAGUCCCGCUGCCACAAGCAGCACGCGCACCAGCAGCGGAAGCACCAGCAGCCGCAGCAGCAGCAGCAUGAGCGGGAGCGCGGCGUCGAAGCGGAUGAGCGAGGCGCAGGCGAAGCGGGUGAUGCGGCAAUUAGCAGAGGCGGUGGCAAGCCUGCACGCGGAGGGCAUCGUGCACCGCGACCUGAAGCUGGAGAACGUCGCGUUCAUGGAGCCCAGGGAUGCCGAGGGCAGCUCGCCCCCCGAGGGCAGCUCGCACCAUGGCAACACCAGCAGCCGCAGCACGAGCACAAGCAGCCGCCAUUUUCCCAGCAUCAGCAGCGCCAGCAGCUUAGCUUCUGAGUUGAGCGCCAGUGAUGCGGACAGUGACUACACUGCUUCCUUGGCAUCUGCGCCCUGCUCCCCCGCCUUCUCCACAUCGUGCCCUCCCCUCAAGCUCCUAGACUUUGGCCUGUCCACGUGGCACAAACCAGCAGACGGGCAGAAGCUGACGGAAAUUGCGGGCACGGCGUACUACGUGGCGCCAGAGGUGCUGCGGAAGCAGUACGGCAGCGAGUGCGACGUGUGGAGCAUGGGGGUCAUCCUCUACAUGAUGCUCACCGGAUCACCGCCCUUCUGGGAUGUCUCUGAAGAGGCCAUCUGCUCAGCUGUCCUGGCGGGCCACUACGACAUGGUCAGUGCGCCAUGGCCGUCCAUCUCACCUGCUGCCAAGGACCUCGUCAGGCGCAUGCUGCAGACGGACCCAGCCAAGCGAAUCACCGCACCCGAAAUUCUUGGACAUGAAUGGAUCUGCUUCUAGAAGCCUCUGCAUUCUGCGGUCCAUCCUGGUGAAGUCAUGCAGUGUGUGGAACAGACCUUGCGUAGAAGACCCCUUUCUGAAUCCUUAGGCGCCUGGUUGGGAUUUUCUCACUGUUGUACAGGCACCACACAUUUGCAGGUGCUAUAUCUUGAGCAUGUGUUGAUAGAAGCCACGUUGUACAAAUGGCAUUGAAUAAAAGUCGGCUCUGUACAUUGUCAGCUGAUUUUGAGUAGUUACA